AUGGGAUCACCGCUUGGACCGUUCCUUGCAAAUGUUUUUAUGGGCAAAGUCGAGAAAACAAGCUUGCAAUUGACCAUUAAUUGCCUCGUCUUCUACGGUCGGUACGUGGACGAUAUCUUCUGCCUGGCGGAUGGUACCACCGAUACCGAGGAGCUUGUCCAAAAGUUGAACAGCUCGCACCCCUCGCUAAAGAUCACUGCAGAGGCCGAGGCUAUUGAAGAAGAACUUCAACAGCUGCGGAACACACUUCUGGAGAACGGAUUCCCAGAUUGA